AUGUAUAAAUUACUUUCUUUGAAAUUUGGUGUUUGCAACAAGAUCAUUGUGUCAAAAGCAUAUCCACUAUUGUAUACACACACACGAAAAAUGUCUUCCUUCGAUAAAUUAUUUUCUAAAAUCGAUGAAUUGAAACCAACAUUCAUCAACCGUUUGGCUAAAGCUGUUGAAAUUCCAGCAGUUUCGAGUGAUGAAUCUUUGAGACCAAUGGUUGUCAAGAAAGCUGAAUUUUUAUUGGAACAAUUAGAAGCCAAUGGUUUUACUGACAUACAAAGAAAAGAAUUAGGUACGCAACCACCUCCAGUUAAUGACGAAAAUCUGCAACUACCACCUGUUAUUUUAUCCAGAUAUGGUAACGAUCCAGCCAAGAAGACUGUUUUAGUUUACGGUCAUUACGACGUGCAACCAGCUUCCAUUGAAGAUGGUUGGGAAAGUGAACCAUUCAAAUUAGUCAUCAAUGAAGAAAAACAACUAUUGAGAGCUAGAGGUGCCACCGAUGACACUGGUCCAUUAACUGGUUGGAUUAACGUUAUCCAAGCCCACAGAGAAGCUGGUAUUGAAUUACCUGUCAAUUUGAUCACUUGUUUCGAAGGUAUGGAAGAAUCCGGUUCUUUAGGUCUAGAUGCUUUGAUUGCUAGAGAAGCUACCCAAUACUUCAAGGAUGUUGAUGCUGUUUGUAUAUCUGACAACUACUGGUUAGGCGCCAAGAAACCAUGUUUAACUUACGGUUUAAGAGGUUGUAACUAUUACCAAAUCACCAUUAAUGGACCUGCUGCUGACUUACACUCUGGUAUUUUUGGUGGUGUUAUUGCUGAACCAAUGAUUGACUUAGUUCAAGUCAUGGGUACGUUAGCCGAUUCUAAAGGUAACAUUUUAAUUAAGGGUAUUGAAGAAAUGGUUGCCCCAAUUACUGACAAAGAAUCGAAGUCUUACGAUAACAUCGACUUCUCUCUUGAAGAUAUAGAAGCUGCUUCUGGCUCUAAAACUUCUUUAUACCAAAAGAAGGAAGAUAUUUUGAUGCACAGAUGGAGAUACCCAUCUUUAUCUAUUCACGGUGUCGAAGGUGCUUUCUCUGGUCAAGGUGCUAAAACCGUUAUUCCUGCAAAGGUUAGCGGUAAGUUCUCCAUCAGAACUGUACCAGACAUCGAUUCUGACAAAUUGACUAACCUUGUUGUUGAACACUGUAACAAGGCUUUCAAGAAUUUAGGUUCUCCAAACACCUGUGUUGCUGAAUUGAUUCAUGACGGUAACUACUGGUUAUCUGACCCAUAUAACUCUUCUUUCAGUGCAGCCGCCAAGGCUACCAAAGCUGUUUAUGGCGUUGAACCAGAUUUGACCAGAGAGGGUGGUUCUAUUCCAAUUACUUUAACUUUCCAAGAUGAAUUGAAGACCAGUGUUAUGUUAUUACCAAUGGGCAGAGGUGAUGAUGGUGCCCAUUCCAUUAAUGAAAAACUAGAUAUCAGUAACUUCAUGAAAGGUAUGAAACUAAUGGCUGCUUACUUACAUUACUACGCUGAAUCUCCAGAAAAAUAA